ACCUUGAAGAAAUGAAGUCUUGGUGAGUGAGAGACAAAUAGUAGCUAGUGUUCUCCUCCAAUCCAAUGUGGACCCUACAUACACCCCAUCUUCUUCAAGGACAAUCUCUUCCUCCCAAUCUCCUAUAUAUACUACCAACUUCUUUCCCUAUUUUUCUCAUUCCAACUCCUUCAUUAAUUUUCCAUUUCUCCUCUUCUUCUCUUCAAAUAUUUCAACUCAAUAUAUCAUCAUAAAAUCCAAAGUAUAUAGUAAUAAGUCACAUUUUAAUUUAUUAUUAUUAUCAUUGUCACAUUAUUUUGAUCCUACACGGAAAGAAAAUGAACUCAGCAUCAAGUUUCCAGGAGCUCGGAAACAACAAUGCAUUGCCGGUGUCGGCGGGAAUCUUCGACAUCCCACCACUCCCGAGGCGUUCUUGUCCACCUCCGAGGAGAAUAAAUCUCGAGAUGUGCACAGAGGGCCUCGGGAGUGAAAAUGGGGCCCGCAUUUGUGAGAGCGUCGACGAGCUUUUCUCGCUCUUGCUGGAGAACGAGAAGUCCCCGCCGUCCUCGAGCGCCGGGGGGCGGAGGUCGAGGAAAGCUAGUAACCGGACUCCGAGGAGCUUCCCGCCUCCCCUCUCUUCAAUGAGCGGGUGCAAUGGGGUCCAGGUGAGGCCCCGCCGUGACGGCGGCCGUUUGGUCAUGACGGCUGUUACGGUGUGCGUGUCUUCCUUCGUGACGGAGAGGUCCGGCGGGAGGCUCCGGCUGUGGCUCAAAAACGCCGGCGAUUAUAAAAGUAACAAUCUUAUUGGAGAGGAAAAUGAAGGAGAUGAAGAGGGAGAAGAGAAGGGCGGCGCAUGCCUUGACGCCGCCGGUGACGCCGUUAUUUCAUCCUCGGCGGCGGCGGCGAAGAGCAGGUGCAUGGAAAUUGAUCGUCGCAACAACGGGAACCACAUCAGCUGGACUGGGUCCCAGCCGUCCUGUUACGUGGCCAUUUCUUGAUGAAGUGUCAUUUGUGGUUUUGGGCCCCACAAUCCGAUGACUUGGAAUGUGUUGGAAAUAAUUGGAAUAUUCUUUCUGAAAUUGUUCUGUUUGAAAAAAAAGGAAAGUUCUACGGUACGGUGUUAGGUGUACCAUAUGUUACUAUGCGGGUGUACGGUUGAAAGAUUCUAAUAUUUUUAUCCAAUAGAUUAUUAAUGUAGUG